AUGCCAUUGGAGGCUGGAGAAUUUCAUUUUUUGUUGGAGAUUUGUUCAGGUGAAUUGGAGGAAGGAAAUGCAGUGAGAACAUUUGGCAGGUUAACUACUUAUGAUGUCAGGGUCUCUGAGGCAAUUCUCUCUGUACAUUGCAACUGGAUGGAUUACCAGCUUUGGAUCCAUACAGCACUGGUGGAACCAUUUGGAGCUCACAUUAGGUCUGAGUUACUGGUGCUUGGAGAAACUGAAACCACAGCAGGCAAUAAUCCUGUGACCCAGGCUCAACUACUAAUGAAUGCAGAUGGAGUGAACUUGCCAUUACUGAAGCGUGCUGUAGAGCAGCAGAGAAAGUACUUCCAAUAA